CUGGACUGAUAAUAAAAAAAAAACUUGUUUCGAGUGAGAGUAUUAAGAUGGCGGCCGUUGCAUCUUUGAGUUUGAGGAAACAGAUAUGUCGAAGUUUUUUAGUUCAGAAUGCUACAUUUUAUAAUGCCAUCUGUAAUAACAGAAAUGUUGUACAUCGGAGAAACAAGUUGGCAUCUCUGUAUUUUCAAACCAAGAACACUUGCUUUCGCCCCUUAACUACCCAAGUAUUGUACAAAACAGAUGUCACUGUUGACUAUAGAGAUGGGCUUCCUGUUGUUACCCUGCCUUUGCCUUCAAGAAAAGACACAUGUGAAUUUACUCUGAAACCUAUAUCACAGACUGUUGGAGACUUUAUUCAGUUCAUCAAAGCUGAAGAUGGUGGAAUUGAUUCUGUUGCUUUCUAUACAAAAGAUGGCAGCAGAAUAGCUAAAUCCACCACUAUUGAUGUGCUGAUGAGAUCUGAUUUUCAAAUAAGCAUCAAUGAUCAGAAAUACAGUGUCAGUCCACCUGUAAUUUGCCCUGUUACUCAUGAAGAUGCACAAACGCUGACUGAUAUUAAGUUAUUGAUAAGUAAGCUUUACACAACACUCAAUGUUGAAAAUUAUCAGUUGGAAAGAGAGAAAGAACUGCGUACACGAUUAGAAGACUUGAAAGCUCAAAUUGCCCCACUAGAGCAGCAAGCUGGUGUUAUCUGUUCAAAAGCUUCAGUGAAUACCAAUCGCUUGUCUUGGUUGGGCCUUGGUCUCAUGAGUCUACAGUUUGGAAUAUUGGCUCGCCUUACCUGGUGGGAAUAUUCUUGGGAUAUUAUGGAGCCUGUGACCUACUUUGUCACUUACGGAACUUCAAUGGCCAUGUUUGCAUAUUUUCUUCUCACAAAACAGGAAUAUGUUUUUCCUGAUGUAAAAGACCGUCAGUUCCUCAUUAAAUUUUACAAACUGGCAAAUAAAGAGAAACUGGAUGUUGAUAAAUACAAUCAGCUCCGGGAAGCAAUUACAGAGGCUGAGCAUGAUUUGCGCCGUCUUCGAGAUCCUCUCCAACUGCAUCUUCCUAUCAAAGAAAUGGACAAAAUUGUGAAGAAAGAAUAAUUGUAUUUAUUGUAAAUUAAAAAAAAAAAGAUUUUAUUAAUAGGUGACUUUGUAUUAUAGUAUUUCUAAAACUUAAUAUAUAUAUUUAUAUACAUACAUAUACCUACAUAUAUAUUUAUGCACCUAUUUAUUCUAAGUUGAUUAAAUGAAAACUUUGAUGUGAUCAAAAUGUUUUUUUUUUCCCUCAUGUAUAUCUAUAUAAAUAUGUAUAGGAUGGCUAACAUUUUUGUUUUUCUAUAGCUGAAACAAUAUAAAAAUAUUGAGAAAUUUUUCAUUUUAAUUGGUAAUCAGGGUAAUAUUUUUUUCUACAAAAUUUAAAUUUCCUUAAAAGAUUAACCUUGUUUGUUACUAUUUAUAUUAGUAAUUAGAGCUCCCUCUGUUGAUUGAAAGUUUAUAGUAAAAGAUAUGAGUACUAGGAUUUUAUAGAUAUUGUACCGAAUUUCACACAGUUCAGAUCUCUAACUGUGUCUCAUUCUCUUUUUGACUACUCUUGAUAGGUCUUGACCUAUAUGGUGACAAAUGUGCAUUUCACACAGCAGCAGGGAUUCUGUCCAGGUCUUUUCGAAAAUAGGAUUUGAGCCUCUAAGGCUCUCUGUCAAAUGGAAGUUUGAUGAUUGUGACCAAAAUUUUUUGACAUACUUGACUUAAUUUUUACAUAGCUUUUAUUAACUCACUUAGAAGUGGUGGUAUAAGCUGAAUUAGUCCCCUUCAGUUUAUACAUCAUUGUCUGAGUCUUAGUGAACACAACAUACAAAAUAGGACGAGACUAUAGAAACAAUAGAUAACUAUAAAAUCUUUAAUGUUCAAAGGCUCUCCACUAGGUUACCAUGUUGGCUUGAGCCAUGAGUUUAAAUUCAGGUUUUUUAUUUUUAUAAAUGCUUUUUUAUUGUUUGUCUAGAUCUAUUACAAAUUUAAAUACAUGACUUAUCCAGAGUAACUGAUACAAGUACGUUUAAUAUUAGCUUUGUUUUUUAAAAAAGAAGUUUUUUUAUUCCAGUGAAGCAUAGUGCCGCAACAGUACUUCACUGUCUGACUCAAUUCUGGGCAAUUCCCUUCAGUUGAGUCCAUGUCCAUCCUCCCAUCUUGUAUUUUCAGACAAAUCCUUCACUUAUUUAUCUUAUAGAUAAUGGACAAAGGGUAAGGGAUCUAGUAUUGGUAAUAUGACGGAAAACAAUACCUGAGCAUUGCCUUUUUAAAAAGUUUUAUUCUAGUUAUGGAUCUUUAUAUUAUUAUGAAAUACCAGAAUUUUCUUAUAGAUAGAUUUUUAUUCAUCCAUAUGGUUUUCUACUUUGUUCAGCACAAAACUUAGAACAACGUAAUUUGUGUACAUCUAGUUAUAAAAGUAGUGGGAUAAUAAAGAUCUAUUUCCUUGAGUGGGUUGGAUUAAAAAUGUCUAUUGAGCUAGUUAGAAUGUUUUUGAAGAGUUCAUUCUGUAUAAACACCAACCUUAUUUCAUGUGCAUGUCAAUUAAUAAAUGCCUUAUAAACAAUUUGUCAACAAUAAAUAAAAAGACUUUUGAUCUGGUUAGUGAUUAUUUAACUUAGACCUCUAUCUGGAUUAUUAUUUAUAUGAAUGUAUUUCAUGGUAUUUUUUUUUUAUCCCCAAUAGGCAUUCAGUGAUUCAAAAGAAUCAUUUCAUUAAAUUUAGAUAUGAUUGUGAGGUGUGGUUAAAAAUCUUUUGAUAGUUAAGUUCUUAAAAUACUUUUUGUUUAUCUACAUUGUUUUAAAUGUAAAAGAAUCCAGAUGUGUUGGUGAAUUUAUAAAGUUUUUGUUGAUUAUUCUUUUGUAUUUUAUUUUAGCCUAUUUGCUAAGCUGUGUGGCAGACAAAAAAAAUUAUAAAUGUUUCAGAUAUGUUUUUCAUAUAUAAAGAAAACUAAAUUGUAAAAGUUAUUCUCUUAAUAAAUUCAUCUCCAUUACUACAAUUUCAUAGCCUUUUACACAGCAUUGAAAGAUUUAUUUUUUACAUAGAUAAGUGUUUCACUUAAUGACAUCUUUUUAGUUGUCUGGUUUAGUAAUGGGAUUUGAAUGUCAUUCUACUGAGUUGAUGUCUUUAUUGAAUAGGAAUUCUGUUGAAAUGUCUUUAAUGUGCACUUCCCUUUCAGCAUGUUUUGUUCCUAAUGUUAACCUAUCCACUAUAACUGCUGUUCAUCUGCUAUUUGGUUCCUAGUAAUUGUAAGGAACAGAGCUUUUCCAAACUUGUACUGAUUUAAAAACAUUAUUUAUUGACAGUACAAAAAGUGUGAGCAAAGAAGAAAAUAUCUCUGUAAGAUUGGUAUUCCUUUAGAUCCUGUAGGUUUUGUUUCAGACUAGCAGGCUACAGAAUUGUAUUUUAUGAGACAUGCUUAGGAAAACCUUAUGCAAAAUAUUUAUGAUAGAGAUAGAUUUGUGGCUGUCCUUUGGCGUGCAUUUACUAUAACAAUAGAAGCGUGGAAGUAUUUCAUCAUUGAGCUCUUAGAAAGUAGUGCACGUCUUCAAUUCUGUUUAUCCUUUUCUUUUUUUUAUUUUGCUGCUUUCUAUAUCUGAAAUUGUCAUUGUGACUUGUCAUGCUUUGCUUUUGUAAGAUCAAUUUAUUAUUUAGAUUAUAACAUUUUCUUUUAUUCAAUGGAUUUGCUUUAACAGAAAUCAGGUGCCUUCAUGUUUUGUAUCGGCCAUGUUAUGGGCAUUUCAAUAGUCAUUCUAACUUUUGUUUUGUUUUGGCUUUAUGUUGUCAUUAAGUUCUAAAACCACAUGCAUAUAUAAAGAGAGCUGUACUUUGGAAGAUUAAUAUUCUUUUUACCCAUAAAUAAUUUUUUAAAAUAUUAAUGAGGCUUCAUCAUUUACUUUGUAUUGAGCCCUGGAAAAAUACCUGUUAAUUGAUUUAACUAAUAGUAGUAAUCUCAGUAGGAAAUUAAUUUAUCUGACAUCAUUAUUUCAUAUUAUUUUUUAGAUUUUGAAUUCUCAUUAAAAUGUAAAAUAAUCUAUUUAUAAAAAUAUUCCUUCUUGAAUAUAGUAGUAUAUAGUUAUCAAUUUUGGAAUGAUAUAUAUAUAUAUAUAUAUAUAUAUAUAUAUACACUUACAUAUAUAUAUAUAUAAUUAAUUAUUAUUAGGGGUGCACCGGAUAGUACUUUUUGAUAUCCGGCCCUGGCCGGAUAUGACCGGAUAGUAAAAUUUGAUAUUCAGCCGGAGCCGGAUACCUAAGUGUCUUGUUAAUAGCUUGUGUUGCUGAACAUUUUACGAAACUGUUAAAUAACAUACCUAUAUUGGUUGGUUUUUUUUUUUUUCCUUUGAUAUACCUUAUUGUUUUAAACUCUGUUACUGAUUGAUUUAUUCAAACUUAACAUUAUUUCUAAAAAUCUGUAUAGCAUGAGUGUAUGAGUGUGUGAAUGCUAAUAAUGUUAGUAUAUAUUUAACUAAUUACUAAUGUAAAUCUCUCAUAAAAAAAAGUGCAAUCUGCCUUGUAUAGUGGUCGGAUGUAUGUGUUCAUGCAUUUUAGAGCAACAACCUGGUCAGAUAUACCUAGUGAGCCUAAACAUGUAGUGCUAGAGUAGUGUGUAUAGUUGUUUGUGUUAACCAUCAAGCAUUGUUUUUUCCUUGAGCAUACGCACGCAAUAGAGUUGGGUGUCAGUCAAAAAAGAUAACACAUUGGCAUGGUCAGUCAAGCAUAUAGAUAAAUUAUACCUGUCCACUAGUUAGAGGUCAAGGGUUGUUUUUUUUUACGCUCCAGCAUAUUGUUUCUUUGUUUGCUAGAUCUAACUGCGGUACUAUUAUUCAAUUUAUUUUAUGCGAUUUUAAAAUUUACUGUAAGGUUUUCCAUUAUUUAUUAAGUCAAAAGAAUUAAACAAUGAAAUUAGCUUUCUUUGUAAAGAUUUUAAUACAAGGCAAAAAUACACACACGCAAACAUGCACAUCUUUGUUUUAUUUUAUUGUGCAAAGAACGUACGCAAGAAACAUUAAAUGCAAAGAACGUAUGUUAGAAACAUAUUUCUUAAUUAAUACUUAUUAAUUAUUUUAUUUGUGGUUUCAGUAACUGUUACAAAAGGGAACCAUAUUAAGCCUAUGGAUGUCAGGUGUGUAAAAGUCGUCCUGGCCUGAUACACAGUGGCUAAGUACGCAUCUUAAGUCCAUCAUAUCUGACUUGGGGUCACCUGUCAAUCAAUGAACUCAAUGUGAUGGACUAAACAAAUAAAAGGGGGAGGGAGUUGUCCAUCUGGAAAUAUACCUAGUUUUACCUUAGAGGUGUGGCUCUUGUAGUCCAGCCCCCCUAAUAAAGAUUAACUACUAAAUAAACAAACUCAGUUCCCUCGAAAGGUGUGACCCCUAAAGAGUGUCAAUACGCUGACAUUAAACCUACGUCCACUCUAUUUAACUUGUGGUCACAUGCCUAUAAAAAAAAACUCAAUGUGAUGGACUAAACAAAUAAAAGGGGUGGGAGUUGUUCAUCUCUUCCUCUGGAGAUAUACCGGCGCCUUCGACAUACACGGCGGUCACGCUUCGAUAUACCCGCACAGCUAGACAGACGUCUGGCCAGCAUGACGUAGUCACGGAAUGUAGCAUUUUAACAUGUUAACUAACCUACUCAAAGGUCAAGACAAAUUGAAAAAAGUGUCAGCCAUUGCUGCUCUGUAUGUAAAGCGCAUUUAUGAUGUAAAGUUUCAUUUCUAUUUAUAUAAAGUUAUUAACACGCCUUGUCUUUAUAAUAAACGAUGUUUGGUGCAUAUUCAUAAUGGCUCUAUUUUUAAGCACAUUAUUUUGUUUUAAUAUAAACAUUAAUACAUUCUACAAAAGACAUUAAUGGAACGAGGCCCACUUUAUGCAUAUUAAAUAGGUGUAUUUUUUACUAUCCGGUAGUGAUAUCCGACCGGAGCCGAAUAGCACCGGAUAGUAAAAAAUGCCGGAUAUUCGGCAGAAGCCGGAGCCGGAGGGACUAUCCGGUGCACCCCUAAUUAUUAUAUAAUUAAUAUAUAUAUGUAUAUAUGAGAAAAGUAAUUCAUAGAAUACAGUGGAUUGGUAUUUCUACUAUCACAUGUCUUUUGGAUUAAGUGAAUAUAUUUAUAGAUGAAUACAAAAUACAAGCUAGUUAUUGCACAUGUAUGAACCACAAAUAACUCUGCACUUUUAACUUUCUAGAUACUUUUUGCACUACGAAUUUUUUUAAUUUUUAAAACCCUGCCAACUUAUUUUUAAAGUCUUACUUCCCUUUAUUUUUGUUUUUUUACUUCUACACUGUGUCACAAAAUAAACAAUACAAAAAUUAAUAAAGAUUUUUAAUUGAUUCUUAAUUUAGUAGAAACUUAGCAGAAGCAUUUAAAUCAGCUAUUAAGUUAGCUUUGUAAAGAUUUCAGAUAAUUGUGUGUGUUUAUAGAGAGAGGGUGCAACCUUUUAUUGUGAGUGCUUCUAAGAGAGCUAAUUAACGUACACCUUAGUAAAGAUAAAGAUUUUUCUGUUGAUCUUGCUCAUACUAUUUAUUUUUGUUCUUGAAACUGUACAUUUUGUUUUCUACAACCUCAUUUUUCAUUCUUUGUUUAUAGUUUUUAACUUUGUAGCUGCAAUGAAUGUUGUAUUCUUUUUUUUUGUUUUUUUUCCUUACAAUUUAUUUAUUUACACUUUAACUUUUUUCAUCAGGCCAUUAGUUUCUUUUGUUCAGGAUUUUGGAUGCAAAAAAAAAAUUGAAGAAUAAUCUGUUGUUUCAAUGUUUUGUGAAUGUUGAAUUUUUCAGUUCAAAGUUAAAUUUUGGGUGAAAAUGACCUAAUAAAUUAAUUCAAUGUUAUCAACUAACAUAUAUUUAUUUUUCCUGUUAGACCCAUCUACAUUCAAUUGAGUCCAGUAAGUGUAGGAUUUUUAAGUAUUAAUGAUUGUGAUUUUGUAAAAUAUUAAUGUUCAAUUUUAAUGUGUACAAUUCAUACAACUAUUUCUCAAACCAUUUUUCCUUAAAGUGUAACUUGAGUUCAAAAUUACUAUGUAAUAUUUUCCUGUUGAUGUAAGUGAGCCUUUUUUUUUUUUUUAACUACCUCCUACUCUUACUAAUGUUGAUGUUUAGACAUGUGAAGUAGUGUAAUGCCACAGAAUAUCCUUUUGAUUUUUAAAACAAAAGAUCAUUUUAAAAAAUUCAGUUGUCAUUUUUACUACUAAAAUGAAACAUCAGAAUGGGUCAUAAGUAAUGUUACUUCUGAUACUAAGUUUUACUAAAUUCUCUUAAAGAAGUUAAAGAACUAUACCAUUUUUGUACUAUUUAUGUAUUGCAUUAAAAAGUCAUAAUUAUAAAUAUCAUGCUCAAAUUGGCAUAAGUCUGUUUCUUUGUUUCCCUUAUAAAGUUUUGUAUUCCAACAUCACAUUAGCUGUGAAAGUUGUUACAUUUUGAAGACCACCUGUUUUGAUAAGCUUACUGUGAUCCUACCUUUGAUCUACUUUCUAUCAAUUUGGUCUCCUGAAGUGGUGAUAUUAUCAGUUUCAUUGGCAUUCCCCAUUAUCUCAUGACUUUCCCAACUUUUUAAUGUCGGACUAACACUUCUUUUUAUAAAUGUUUUUUUUUUUAUAUCACCUUUAAUUUAAUAGUGAAGAAAUUGAUCAUGACACAUUUUUCACCCCUUCCCCCCUAAAAUGUGUAAUUUAUUAGUCUUUUUGCCUACCACUCCUUUCCCUUUUAUAUCUUUCGCUUUACAGUGUUUUUCUUAGAAUACAUAUCAUUUCGUAUAAAAGGGAAAAUAACAUUAUUAAUUGCAAAUGCAACCAAAAAAAAUUAUUUUGUUUUGUUUUAUUUAUUUGUUUUAACUUUGAUUUGUGUGCAUGCUUUAGAAUUAUUUUAAAGCAACAAUGCAAGAUUGUUUUAGGCAUUAUUGUUGCAAAUGCUGCUUAGACCAUCUAUGUAACUGUUUGAAAUACUGGUAGUUAGAAUUUUUUAUUUUUUUUCUCAAAUAAUGAUUGAAAUAUCAUGACUUGAUUGCUAUAUAUAAAAAGAGCUUAAUUUUC